UGAGUUCACUUUCGCCUCGCUUGCCUUUCGAUCUCUCGCGAGCACGGACGGGUGUACGCUUAUUGUUUUUGCUGUCCCUACUACGGGGGUCGAUCGUCUGCUAAAUGUCGUGUCGAAAAUAAUUAUUCCCCAAGCAAUAAUUCGGCAACAAAAGCGACACGGCAGUUUGUAGUUCCUUGCCCCAUCUUGCCCCGUAGUAAAGUGAGCCCGUGUUUAGCAAUCUCAUCCAGAGUCGGUUGUUAAUUGGCAAAUCGCCACCGCGGAACGCUUGUACACGUUUGCCCACAGCUCUUGCCCAUUGGACACACCUCUGAAGGGGGAAAAAGCUCCCCAGAUCGGUUAUCGCGUACGGUGGGCCAAACAAGCCACAGUUUGCCCACGAGCUUCUCAUCCCGCUGGCGAUGGCAAAGGAUAACAACAACAUCAACACGGAUGAUCUGACUGCAGCCACUCCUUCGUCUUCGGUGAAAGCGGCCCCGGCGUCCUCGUCCACCGCGCCGGAGGGUCCGGAAAAUGGCCCGUCCGCCCAGCCGGCGGAACCACAGUCCACGUCUCCAUCACUGCCGCCCGCCUCGAGUAGCACUCCGGAGGUGGCCCCGCGCAGGGAGGAAAACCCAUUCUCCUUCAAACACUUUCUCAAGUGGGACGGAAACCACACGACGAACGGUGGAGGGGCCAGUGCAGGCGGUGGUAGUGCCGCCAGCAGCAUAAAUCACAGCCGAAGUGCAUCGAGCAUAAAUGGGCACGGAAUGGGCAGCUCGCUGGCGGAUGGCGGUGGUGGUGGUGGUGGUACGGGUGGCACUGGCAACACGAACGGAACGCACGAGGGCAAGGUGGGUCUGGCUGGGGCGAACGGAAGCACCCUGACGACGGUAACGACCGCCACCACCAGCACUGGAUCACCGUCCAAGUCGGCCACCACCAGCUCGCUCAACGUGGUCAGCUCGACGACGGGUGCGCGGCCAAAAAUCCCCCAAUUUCAGUCAGUCAACACGCUCAGCAGUGAGUCGAAGAUGAAACGGUCGCCUCGCUUCCCGUCGUUCGAUUCGCAGUCGAGUCUGUCGGACUUUGCGGACGAUCGGUUCGGCUCGAUCUACCAGAGUCGCAGCAACGGUUCCUUCAGCUCCGACUAUCCCGCGGCGGGCAGUGGAGUGGGCGGCAGUGCUACUGCUGGUGGUGGUUUGCGCGAGGAUGCCAACGGGAUGGAGCAGUUGGGCGAGCAGGUGGAACUGCUGCGCGGGUAUGUGCAGCGGUCGUACUCGAACUUUGAUCUCGACAGUCCCGGUUCGUCGGCGGCUGUGGCGGCCGUCGAUCGGCGAAACGAGCUGGAAAUGCACAACGAGCCACCGGGCAGGGGGUUGGUUGGGGCGGCCGAGUUCUCCGCCGCCCUGCCCGACUUCGUGCAGGACCAUCUCGUGAUGGAGCAGUGGUACAAUACGCUGCCGAAGGGCACGGGCAGCGGCUCGUCUGGGUCGGCCGAGUUCGACGACGUGCUAGAUCUGACCGGGGUGGCAAACGUUUCCGGCGGCGGUGGUGGAGGCGCUCCACUGUCUUCCUGUAACGAUAUACCGUUUGAUCUGACCGCAAGCAGCACGACGAGCAGUAGCCGAGUGGCGCGGGAUCCGAACACGACCCCCGUUGCUGGACACCGGCAUUCCAUGGGCGUGCGGCUCGAUCUUCCCUCGCGCAGUGGAGCAGCAAACCUGGCCGGACCAGCGGAGCUCGGAUUCGAUCUUCCACCGCGCUCACCCACGUCUUCGUCCUCGGAACUGCCGCCCGAUCUGACCGAAGGCAAUGCGGGCGGUGGCGGCGAUGCGGGCGGUUCGGGUGGCAGAUCACGAUCCUACUACUAUUCCGUCUCACCGCCGCCCGGCUCCAGCGGCACGACGGGCGACAACAAAAUCCAUCGCCUGCCGGACUUUCUGUCCGACGGGCCGAUCCAUUCGUCGGGACGGUUGGCCGACGUUACGCACGACACGCCGCACGCGUCGGAAUCUUCGUCAUCGGCGACGAUGGGCGGCUAUCGGCAGAGCCGGAGACAGUGGGAGACGCAGUACCAGAACCGGCUCGGGGCGGAAUCGCUCGAGAACGAGCGGCUAAGGCGCGAGCUGGAAGCUAGUCGUCGGACGGUCGGUGAGCAAUCGCGCCGCAUCCGGGAGCUGGAGCGCGACCUCGAAACGAUGGUUUCGCUUGCCCGACCCGGGGGCGCCAGUGGGUCGACGCAGUCGAAUGCUAGCAGCUUCCUGCAGGCGAAAACACGGGCCGUUACGGCGGAGGCAGAGAUGAAGCAGCUGCGACAGAAGCUGAGCAAUAUGAGUGUCGAAAUGGAAGCGCUGCGAAGAGAAAACGAAACGCUUAAGGAGGAAGCCUGUGGCGGCGCCAUCGGAGGUAGCACGGGUGCGGGCGCCAGUGCUAGGGUGCGGCAGGACGACGGCACAGGAGACCUUGGCAACCGAACCAGGCGGGACCGUUCUUCCGCUUUUCUGCGCGCACAAACGGUCGCCCUUCGGCAGGCAGCAUCGACAGCGGAAAGCAAUCUACGACAACUGCUAAGCGGGGUGGAAAACCUCCGAUCGAUGGCCAAUCAGAUAGAAACGUUUCGAAACACGCAGGACGAGGUAAAGUCUGAGGGUGUGUCGAUACCGCUGGAGGACUAUCUGCACGACGUCGGCGUUAAUAGCGACGAUGACGACGACGAUGACGACGACGAUGAGCCGUUCGGUCCGGCCUUGUAGAUACACAUGAAACGGGAUUGUGAAGCGUGCAAAAGCGUGGAAGCGGUGGAAGUCUAGCGGUGUAGUGUAGCGCGCGACUGAAUACGGAUGUGUGGUGCGUGCGUGUGUGCUCUCUGGCAGCAGAUCUGAAUUGAAGGAAAGAAGAAUUCGGAGCAACGCUCGUGCAUGUAUUUAAGAAAAGAAUAUAUAUAUACACACUGAUACACCUAUCACAUAACCCCA